UUGCGUUUGUGUAGUGUAGUAGUCAUCAGUGAACGUCUGUAUUGUGUUCAAAUAUUCACGCAAACAUUCAACGAAGAAGUGGGCGUGCAGUUAUUGUCAUUCAUUCGAAUCAUCUGUUUUCGUGAAUCCUUGUAUAUUUUGUAUAUAAAUUUUAUUUAUUUUCAAACUAUUUAUUGACGAAUGAUAAGGGUAAUUUAACGGUUAACAGAGCGUGUGAUCAAGUAAUGAUUGUUUAGAGUUUAUUUUUUAUUUGUGUGACGUCAUUGUUUUCGAUUGCCAGCAAUAACGACGCAGUUGCAUUUUUACUUGAAAAUGUAUUUAAAAUGAAGAUAGUUUUUGAAAAUAAGGUGACAAGCGGGCAGCAUGUCAGCGGAGUCGCCGCGGCACGCGCGCGGGGGCGGCCCCCUCACGGUGCCCUCGCAGCCGCCCAGCGACCGAAGCAUCAUCGACGCUGUCUCCGGGUUCAUCAAUGAUGUCACCCUGUCCUCCAGCACUGCACAAGACCCCAAGGAUGUUAUCCAGUGGGCACGAUUUGAGACAGCAGACAUUAACGAACCCACGCCCGAGGGAGACAGCGACAACGACAUAUCUCCUCUGCUACUGAUCCUCGGCUACGGGUCGGGGGUGCAAGUAUGGCUGAUCCCGCCCAGUGGAGACGCCCAGGAGGUGUUAUCGUGGAGACAAGGCACAGUGAAGGUGCUCCGUAUACUGCCUAGCCCGCAGCACGGCGACUGCUUCGCAUCGAAGAGGCCCCUCAUAGCUUUGUGCGACUCCGCCAGCCCUGGACCGAGCUUCUGUUCGCUCAGCUUCAUAUCCAUCCGCGGCGGCGAACAGGUGAAGAGUAUAAAAUUCAAGAAUCCCAUUCUGGACGUACUAGCGAACAAGCGUUCUGUAGUGGUGUCCUUCUCCGAACGCUUCGCAGUAUUCGACGCGGCGACCCUCGAGGACCGCAUGACGGUCACCACUUGCUAUCCGUGCCCCUGCCCCUUGGGUGGGCCAACCCCAAUAAACCCACUCGCCUUGGGAGACCGUUGGCUGGCAUAUGCUGAUAAGAAGCUGAAUCAGUCCAAACGUAGCAGUGGGGGCUGUGAAGGCGAAGGCGUAACCAGCUACACGGCGACCGUCCUCCACGCAGCCAAAUCUCUCAGCAAAGGGCUUCGCGGCCUCGGCGAGAGCGUGGCCCACAGCCUGGCCGGCGGGGGGCGGAGCACCUCGCAAUCACCGUCGCCGCCCAACGCGGACAUACAGCAGCCGGGGGUCAUCACUAUACUUGAUAUAGAGAGCAACGACGACGAAGAUGUUCAAGACAGUGACGAACCCUACGAGCCAAUGGUGGCCCAUUUCGUGGCCCACUCCGAAGCCAUCAUAGCGUUGUCGUUCGACGCCAGUGGCAUGUUGCUCAUAACCGCCGACCGGAGGGGACACGACUUCCAUGUGUUCAGAAUCAACCCCCACCCCUGUGGGCCAAGUUUGGCAGCCGUGCAUCAUCUUUAUAUACUGCAUAGGGGAGAUACUACCGCUAAAGUGCAGGACAUCGCGAUCUCGUGGGACUCCCGCUGGGCGGCGGUGUCGACGCUGCGCGGCACCACGCACGUGUUCGCGGUGAGCGCGUACGGCGGCGCGCCCAGCGUGCGCACGCACACGCAGCCGCGCGUCGUCAACCGGCUCUCGCGCUUCCAUCGCUCCGCGGGGCUGCCCAUUGCGCACGCGCACCACAACGUCAAGCGGAACUCGGCUAGUCCGCUUUUAAGUUUCAUCGGAUCCAUCGCAUCGUUCGGCCGGGCUGACCAUAGCGCACAGCCAACCAGCCAGCGCAUAAACAAGAGGAACUCAGCCAGUCCGGUGAGUGAGGGCCUGAACUCCGGGGCAUGGUUCCCUAAUCCGCGGCUGCCGCCGUACCCGGUGCCCAUCACGCUGCAGCCGCUGGCGCAGCUGCGGCCAACUGCCAACCUGCCCACCCACACCAUCACCCGCACCAGCUCAGGUCGUCAGCGUCUAUCAUCACUAUCGGAGGACAGCAACACUGCACCAUUACUAGCACGAUGCAGCUUCGGAAUGUACGUGGGAAGUGGAGCGACUCCGGUCACUGCCCUCUACUUGAUGGCGGCUAACGGCUGUCUGCUGCAUCUGGUGUUACAUCCCAAGGCUAAUCAUAGUAUUCCCAAAGAGAAGGUGUGCGACGAGUCGCCAAUAGAAGUGGAGGUGGAGGCGGCGCUGCAGUGGCCGCUGCAGCGGCCGGCCGCGGCCGCGCAGGACCUGCUGGCGCCGCUGCCGCCCUCCAACCCGCUGCUGCAGACACACUACGCGCCGUCGAGCUGCGGUGACAUGUGCAUGAGCGAGGAAGAGCGUUGGCUGUCUCAGGUGGAGAUCGUGACUCACGCCGGCCCGCACCGCCGCCUAUGGAUGGGGCCGCAGUUCGUCUUCAAGACUUACAAUUGCACCGGAUCGAGUUCAUCCCUAUCGGAAGCUGAGACAGUGGAAGUGGAGUUCCAUAAUGUGGCUCGUUCGAACCCCGUCAAUGUGCCCACUGCUCGUCCUAUAGUGCCAGUCUUGAUAGAUUCCGGUUCAAGUUCGCUGGAGCAGUCGCCGUCGGAGGGCUGCCGGCGGCGGUCGGUGGCGGAGGGCCGCGCGCCCUGCGACCUGCAGCUGCGGGAGGACCUCGCCGAGGCCAUGCGCGAGGACCACGGGCGGUCGCGGGCGGCGAGCUCGGAGCGGACGACGCCGGUGCGCGCGGGCGUGGCGCGCGCGGUGGACCCCGCCGGCUGCGUGGUCGCCGACACCGCGGCCUCGCCUCCGCCGCCGCUCGAGCCCGACUCCUACACCCGCGCUAACGACGACGAGGCCCGCUUCAGACCCGUGGUCCGCGCCCCCGCCCCUCUGGCGCCCUCUCUGCCCGUCACGCGCCCGCUGCCUCGAGGUACUACCAUUCCUGUCCAAUCCUGCGCAGGCCACGACCAGCUCGAACCCGGACCCGCCGUGCCGCUGGCCACCCACGUGCUCAUCCCCGCGGCUCUGCACCGCGCGCAGCCCAGCGACCAGGGAGCACUGCCAUCGGGCCCGGCUGACCCGCAGCCGACCCGACCUAGAUCUAAUUAUCCCACCGAGUCGGACACCGGCGAUCGGAAUAGUUCUAAGCUUAGAGAUAAGGGUAAACAAGAUGAUGUAUGUGAAAAUGUAACUGCUAAGAAUAAGGAAGUCAAAUCUAAUAUUGGUAAAAAAAUCAGAGAGUCUAGUGUAGCUAAAGAGAUCGAGAAAUCUAGUGUCCCUAAAACAGCGGAAUCUGACGUGAAUAUAGUUAAAACUAACAUAGAACAUAAUACGUCUAAAGAUAUAAGAGAAAAUAGUGUAGCUAGAGAAAUCCGGAAAUCUGUUGAUGAAAGCGUCAAAGAAUACAACGUGCCGAAAGACAUCAGAGAAUCUAAUGUAGAAAGAGAUACGGAAUUUAGUGUAGCAAAGACCGUAAAGGAAUCUAGCCCACCUAGACAAAAAGCAGAAUAUAAAAAUGUUCGAGAACCUAGUAUUACUGGAGAUGUCAGUCGCUCUAGUAUAAACAAGGAAGUUAGAAAAUCUAGUGUAGAAGAUAUUAAAAUAUCGAACGAUAAAGGGUCUACUACUAAUAGGGAAACUAGGACAUCGAGCGAUUAUAAGGAAACGGUAGAAUCAAAGAAAUCUACCAAAUCUAAAGACUCAAAGGAAUUUAGAGAGCGCAGUGUACCAAAAGAAUCUAAACAACAUAAGGAAACAAAAAGAUCUCGCGAAGUUGAGGAUCCUAAGCAAACGAAAGAACCUAAAAAUAAAUUGCUUCAGUCUGCGAAAGAAUCCGAAAAAAUGGUCGAAAUUGAAUUACCUCAAACAGAAUCUACGGAUGUUAAGAAAGAAACCCUUGCGUCAUUGACGUUGCCAAUUAAAGUAGAAAGAUCCGGAAAUAAAUCUAAGGACUGGAGUGAUCACGAUAUAAAGACUGAAGAACAAGCGUGGGAUAUGCUCCUUAAUGAACCUGCAAAAACGGUGGUGGCUGAUGUUAACCAACAAAAUUUUGAUAUCGAUAAGGUUGCUGGAGAAUCAAAACCUAAAUCUAAGAAAAAUCGUAAAAAUAAGAAAGCUCAAGAUGAUCUCCAAGCGAAAGCAGAUGAAGAUAGUUUUGUAGAAAUACAUGCGAUUGAGGAUAAGCAACAAACCUGUAGUGGUAACUUAGUUUCUAUAUCUACUCCAUACGAAGAAAUAGAACCUUCAAGUUUUUAUCUCUCUAAAACAAAGAAAGCACGUUCUCCAAAAAGUGCCGCAAAUGAAAAAUGCGAGGACAUUGGAGAUGAAGGUUUUAAUAUGCCAAAAAGAGAAAAACUGCAAAUAUUGGACGAUUGCAUGCCAAACACUUCAAGUAAAAUUGAAAAUAUUUCAUUUGACGAUGACAUUUUGGCAGAUUCCCCUGUUAAUCGCCAAACAAAAUCUGAACCACGACAAGAUGAGACACGAGAUGAUGGUUUGUACUUAACUGCAAAGGGCUCGCCCAAGACCAAGAAAAGUAAAUCUAUGUCUCCCUACGGAGAAGAUCGUAAAGUAAAAGAUAAAUUUUCAGAAACAGAAGUAAAAGAUGUAUAUGUCAUAGAUACUUGCAAAGAUGAUUUCCCCGACAUUCAAAUAACACGAGGAAAAUCACGUAAAUCCCCACAGCCAAAACCGGUUGACAAAAAAGGUUCAGCUGAUGAAGUACCUGUCAAAUCUUCAGCGAUUGAAGUACCUGUGAAAUCUUGGAGUUCUAUUGCAGCUUCUAAAAGUGUCAAAAAAGUAGAACCUCAGGAUAAGAGACAAGAUAUAGAGGAGAAGAGAGGAAGCGUUUGUUUACGCGACGAGCUUAGAGAUGCCGCGGGCAUCGCACCUGACAAUACGUCUUCCAAAGUGUCACUUCAGGAUAAGUUGAUUGAAUUAUGCAAGAGGACCGAUAUUAUGGUCGCAGAAUGUGAUGCGCCUACUGAACUUAACUUUGUAGAAGAACAUCAUGCAGUUUUACAGGACUUACCACCCCUCGAGCCUCUAGACUUCGGGCUAGAUGAUUUCAAAUUAGAAGUCAUGAAAGACAGCCUUUUGGAAGUUAAUGACACAAAGUUAACCAGUCCAAUUUGCAAAAUUAACAUAGAUGACAUAUUAUCCUCUAUCAAAGAAACCACAAGUAAAGUUAUAGAGUCCAGUACGUUCAACUUGAUAGACCUUGAGAAGGUUCCUCCUAAGAAAGAAAAGGGUUUCAGUGUUAUAGAAAGUGAUAAGAUAACGUCGCAAGAGGUGAAAUUAGAUGACGAUUCUAAGUCUGAGGAGAAAGACGUUGAGGUGAUGGAGAAGUCUUCUGAUGACGACACGGUAUCUCCCGUCAUCUCCACCGACAGCGACAAGGAAGACAAAAAGGGUGCCGUGGCGACUGUCGUACUGCCUUCUUCAAAGCAAUCUACUAAGUCUAAGAAAUCGCGUAGGAAGAAGAAAUAAUAUCAGACAAUGUGUUCACUUAUUUUAAUCGGUUAGUAUUUUUCAUGUGUUGCUUUGUAAAGUUAUUAAUUCAAUUGGGUAACAAAAUUGCUGCUAUUAUUGUAGUUAUUAGUUAAGGGACAAGGCAAAUUGAUAUGCACGGGUAAAACGCAAAAAAAAGUUUAAGUUAUAAAAACGUGCUAUGAGCCUAUUACACAGUUGUGUAGGCAUUAACAUAAUACUUCAAAUGUCUUGAAUUUAGUAGUAUUAUAUUAUUGUCAUAUCGAAAAAAAAAACUAUAUAAAAAUGUAAAAAAUUAGUAAAAUAACAAAAUUAAAAAAAUCUUGACAUUGUGAUUUUUAUUAAGAAAUGUUCAAUGAGGACAUCACCUCAAAUGUGAUUUUUAUUUCAACGACGUAUUGGAGUUUUUCUUUGCCUGCAAAUUUGUUGUCGGGUAAUGGAGUUAAUGAAGUCUUUAUGAUAAUUUUAUCUUGAUAAAAAUUGCAAAGUCAACUAAAGUUUAUUGUUUAAUUCGAGUAACUAUCACAGAGAGUAUGGUCACUAAAAUCAUGUCAUGUUUAUCACUUAUCCAUUGUUAUACCAAAGGCCUAUUCGACACGUUGGCAUAGUGAUUAUUCUGUAAACACGAACGACAGAUAUUUAAUUCGAAUUAAAAAGGGAACUUUAGAACAGUGCUUUUAAGUACUUAUUUUAGUUAUGAAUUAUGAUGUAUAUUAGCUGUAGUGACCACGCCUCGUAGAAGCGUCUACAAUCAUAACAGCAAUAGUAAGAAUAUUUUAAGGCCAGUAGUAGAUGCAAUACCUCGUUCCACAAUUAUAGCUUCUGAUGUUUAGAUAAGAAUCUCUUAUACAUAUGAGAAUACUUUUGUACAAAAUUUUCAGUUGUAACGCAUCGACACCAUAAAAAAAAAUUACCCUGUACUUUGUAUAGUUCAAAUUCAUUUAAAUUGAUAUAAAGUAAAAUUUGUUUCGCAAACAUCAAUGAGUGCUGUCGUCUGACGAUGCAUAUCUAAACGGAUAACUUUAUUUCUCUUCAAACCAGCGUAACUCACGUAUGUUUCCUUGUUAAUUUUAAUAAAUGUAAAUAUGGGUGGAAGCCAUUGUUUUUAAAGUACGUUCGAUUAGCUUAUUUAACACAAUAUUGAGACAAUAUUGAUUUACGUUUGUCUGUGUGGUCGGUGUUUCAACGGUAUUCUAAGUAAUAAGUAGGUUGUAUAUGCACAUGUGCAAUAACCUAGAUUUAUGUUUCACAAAAAGAAGAUAUAUUUGUGUGCACGUAACGUAAAACAGAUAAAAUAAAUAAAUAAAUAGGUAUUAACAAAAAUAAAAAUCUGUUGAAACGCUAACCUGUGUAUUUUUAGUUUAGUGUUAAAACGUUCAUUGAAUAAAAAUUGAAUUAAAAUAUAAAGUUAGUUUCCAAGCACGUUUUCCAAGCUACUGAAUAUGUUUCCUAUUACAAGUUCUUUUUAUUAAUUCGCUUAUAACGCUUCAAUAAAUACCUAAAUAAACGUCUCAACAGGCAACACUCUCCAUCGUUGGAAAAAAAGUUCGCCCAAAAGAGACAGAAAUGUUAAUAUUGUAUAUUUUGUUGAUUUUAUUUUCAGUAUCCCUAUUUACAAUAAUGCGUUUGUAAAAAACUUAAUUCAUUCAACAUCAUUAACUCUUCGAAGAUCACGUCUUGGAUUAUCCAAUUGGCAGCAUUGUUUUUUAUAUAAUAUAUUGAAACUUUUAUUUGAUGACCAAAUUGUUAGUGUUAUUUCUCCUAAAAACAAUGAACUUUUUAUACUCAGAUGUUUGUUACCUCAGUAUUAUGUUGCUAUGUAUACCGAAAACGUUAAAUGCGUACUGUUAUCUUAGUCACCGGGUAUGUAAUACCUUUUAUCUGAUCCACGGCUGUCUUAUGUACAAAUGUCUUAUAAUAACUUGAAGUAUUAUUUAAAAGUUGUAAUGAAAAUGUUUUAGUUGUAAUAUGUUGAAUCAUGACAAAUAUUUAUUUUUUCUAUGCGAUUUAUGCGUUUGUAAUUAUUACGUUUUAUUUUGUAAUUAUGUCAUUUUCUUAAUUUAAGAUAUACAUAAGUAGUUGGUGCAUAAUAUUUAUAUUCAUUAUUUUUUGUGAAACAAAAUUAGGAAUCAUUUGAGAACUAUGGAGUCAUGAUCAACAUCUUUUAUUGUACUUUAGUUAUAUAUUAUCUGUUGAAGAUUUAUACGAUCAACUUGUUUAUUAAUGUAUUUAACAAUCCAACAUGAAAAAAUGAACACAAAUAUUUUUUGGCAAAAAGAGUACUAUGUUAAGUAAUAAGAUUCACCGAUAACGCAUUAAAUAUUAAUGAAGUAAUAAAUAAUUGCAAUAAAAAUAUUGUUUUUUGCGUUGUAUAAAUAACAUUGAAAACCAAUUUAAGCUUUUUAUUAAAUUGCAAAUUCAUAAAAAAUGUGCGUUUUAAGUUGAAUAUUAAAUGUGUUUCCAUUUUGACCACAAUUUGUCAAAAAAUAUAUAAAAUGUAUGAGAGUAAAUAAUAUAUUCAGAAAUUAUAAACAAUAGAAUUAUGAGAAAAUUAUCGUAGGUGUUUAAAGCGAAUACAUAAUAUUUCAUUGUGAUAUCAGUAGUUAGCACAAUGAAUCCAGUGACAUUGGGAGUUAUUGUAUAGGUAUUCAUAUUAUAAAAAUAUCUAUUAGGAAAUGUAAAAGUAUUUAUACUCCAUUUGGCUACACUAUCUAAUAAAUCUGUGCAAUCUUUAAACAUAUAUAAAUGUAUUUGUUGAUAAAUCUAAUUGUUCAUACAACUGCAUAUCAUGUCAUACGAUUUCAUAGCUCGAUUCAAAUUCUAUAGGGAAGGCUCAUGUGUGUCCUGAAGUGAACUAUUGGCGGCUGGAAGGAUAGUGUCGACUUGAUAUAAUGUUGUCUUUAUACAUUGCAAUUGCUGUACAAGCGUAAAUUCUAGCUUUGCAAACAUAAGUGUCAAUUUAUACAUUUGUCGAAUAUUAUUUUACGCUACAUAAUGUGUGUAAUAGGUUAUUAUAAUUUUAUAUUAAUGUAGGAUUUACACCGGUCGUGUUGCAUCCGAACUGAAUGCACAAUGAGCGAUUAAAAUUCAGUAAUUAAUAGUAUGACUAUCUACGACUAUCCAACUUGGUUCAGACUGGUUUGCAAGCGUUGUAAAUGAAGUUUUUCUACUGUAUAUAUUCGGUUCAAUUUCCUUUAGUAAAAAUUACUGCGCAGAGUUUCGAACGGCCAGCAUAAAUCCUAUGUUAUAUUAAUGACUGCCAUCAAUGCUAUAAUUGUUACAGUAUUUUAAUGUGCGCGUGACAUGAUAACUGGGCACUGAAAUGUUUAUUCGUAGAAAAGACAUGUUUUGCGCAUUGUUUUAAAGUUUGGCAAAAAAAGCGUGGUUUGAUGGCACAAAACCAAAAUUAUAAAUCUACUUUUCAUAAUUUCGGAUAAAGCCGAAUUUCCGAAUUUUUGUCUUCUUUGCCAAGCUUUAUCUAGCCAAAACAAAAUUGUAACCUGCGCACAAUCAACGGUACACCAAGUCAAACCAAAUCUACACAAUUUGGCUUCGGAGGGACUUUGAAUUUUGACCAGUUUUAUACUUGAUCUUUCUUUGAUUAUGUGAAUUAUUGUAAUUUUUCUUUUUCUGAAAGGUCGUAGCAAUACCAACUAAAAAAUAAACACUCCAAUAUCUUCAGAUAUAAAUUAUUAGCUACCUACCUUUAAUUGCAUAAUAAAUAAUUAAAAAAUUGCCUUUCAGAAUAGGAUAAAUUUAGAUUUAAUAAAUUGGUCCUGACUAAAUUCGCUAUAAAUUUUUGCGUGUUAAAAUUUGAAAUUACUUAUGUACUUGAAUUUGGCUGCCUUUUCGUAUUUUGUUGAUAAUGUUAUGGAGUGUUUAAAAUAGAGUACAUACGUGAUAAUAAAAAUGAGGAUUCAAAAGCAA